CACGUCAACACCUGAGACACAAAUGGAAACUACAACCUAUGAUUAUGAUUACGGUUCCUUACCGUCCCCAGAACCCAUGAGCACUAUCGACUCUCUGGGGUCUCAGCUCUCUAUCCUCUACUACUUCAUGUUCCUUUUCAGUCUCUUUGGAAAUGGGCUGGUCCUGGUCAUCAUCUAUCAGUUUGAGAACCUGACCACAGUGACCAACAUCUUGCUUCUGAACAUGGUGGUGUCCUCCCUGAUCUUCAUGAGCAGCCUUCCCUUCGAGGCCCUCUACAACCAGCUCUCCGAAUGGAUCUUCGGGGAUGUCAUGUGCAGGAUUGUUGGUAGCGUCUACUAUCUGGGCUUCUACAGUUCAGUCUUCUUUCUUACUCUUUUGACCUUUGACCGACACCUUGCAGUUGUGUAUUCCCUGAACGCGGCACGAGUGAGGAAUCAAAGAUAUGCCAUCAUCUCAUGUGCUGCAAUUUGGGUGAUCAGCAGUUUGGCGUGCAUCAGGCCGAUGAUUCUCUACAAAACUUUCAAAUAUAUGAACACAACUCUCUGUCAGCAGUUCCCUUUGGAUGUAGAUUCUCUUAAUAUGGAGAUGUUGAGAACAUCUGGAUUUUACAUCCAGCUUUUGCUUUUCUUGAUCUUUCCUCUGUCUGUUAUUAUCUAUUGCUACGUUAGGAUUGCUAUCUCCGUCAUUUCGACCAAGAUAAUUACCAAGUUCAAAACUGUCAGGUUGAUAUUUUUCAUUGUCCUGUUUUUCUUUUCUUGCUGGACUCCAUACAACAUUGUAUGGUUGAUGUAUGAUCAAGCCGACGAUGAGACCACGGAUAUUAUACAUAGUUAUCUUGAAAUCACACGUACCAUUGCCUACUUUUACUUUUGCAUCAGUCCUAUCUUUUACACAUUUGUUGGGAAAAAGUUUCAGAACCAUUUCAAACAGCUGCUGGUGAAACGUUUUCCUGGGUUAAAGAGGCAUGUUUCUGUCAGUCUACACAGCAGAAGCAAUGUGUCUACAAAAAGUACGCGAAACGAGGUUCAGGAAUGGCAAAACCUUUUGUUUCUCAGGACCAGCAAAUUAUUUUUAAAACAUUUACUGUUAUUGAUCUAUAUUUGUAUUUUGGUUAUCAAUUGUACUAUAUUCACUGUUCUCAAACCGAUGAAAUGGAUUUGUACAGUUGUGGUCAAUGGCCCGUUUAAGAAGCUCUUGUUUCCUAUGUAUUUACUAAUGAUGGCAAAAAUACAAAAAAGGUCAAUGUAGCUUAGUUGAGCUACAGAAAAAAAAAGAAAAGAAAACAUCACACCCAUUCUCCCACAACAACAAUGUC